UGUGAUAAUAUCGUGUAUAUAACGAGCCGAAACAGAGAAAUAACUUCAUACAGAACUAAGUGUAUGUGAACGCAUAGCCCGAAAAUGGGGCUCUCACUUAUAUUUACAUUUUUGUUGGUGACGGGGACUUUUGCAAGUCCUAUACAAGAAGUAGGCAGCACAAAUCAAUGUGCGAAUCAAUGUACAGUGACGAGUCAAUUUAGGUAUGAAAGCGGAAAGACAUAUGAAUACAGAUAUGAAACAGAAAUAAGAACAGCGAUACAAGGUGCUUCGGAAGAUCAAGCCGGUGUUGACAUGUCAGCAAAGGUGUACAUCGAUUUCCUCUCCAAGUGCGAAAUGGUCAUCCGGAUGAGUGACGUCAAAAUGUUAGAGCAUGACCCAGAGACGUCAACAAUGAAACCAAUGACCACAGAGCUCAUUUCUGAACUUGAAAGAAAUCCAUUGAUAGUCUCUUUCCAAGAUGGUAAAAUCGAGGAGUUGUGUCUGUCAAAACCAGAAUCCGACAAGAUCUUAAACAUCAAGAGGGGUAUUCUGUCCCUUAUCCAGAACAAUAUGGAUGACAUCAACAAAGACCAAACAGUCACCGAA